AUGGUAUACUGCGGGAAGCCCUCCAAGGGCUGCCAGAUGUGCCGGACCCGACGUAUCAAGUGUGACGAAACGAAACCGAUAUGCAAUCAAUGCACCAAAGCACGGCGUGAAUGCCCGGGUUACAAAGACGCCUUCGACCUCGUCCUCCGCAACGAGAACCUCGCCGCGAAACGUCGAGCCCUAAAGCUUAGCAACCCAAGACGCGGUGGUGCCAGUAAUGCCGGCAAGAAAUCCAAAGCAGCAGCCUCGUCCUCAUCCUCUGCUUCAUCAUCCUCCUCCUCCUCCUCCUCCUCCGCGUCCUCUAAUUCCCCCACAACCCCCCGAUCCCUAUUCACAACCAUCACCCCCACCACCGCCACCAGCAGCAGCCACUUCCCGCCCACCCUUUCCCGACAGCACCAAGAACGAGUCAUCAUCUUCGACCAGGCGCAAGCCCUCUCCCCAACCCCGAUCCACCUCGCCCCGGAGACGCUCGCGCCAUGCCACUUCGUCGCCAACUUCGUGCUGGCCCCGCGGCACGACGGCACGCGCGGCUUCAUGGAAUACCUCGUCCCGCUGCUGGACCGGAGCGCCGCCGCCGCCGCCGCCGGCGGCAGCGGCGGAAGUGAGGCGCACCUGCUGCAUGCGUUCAACGCGUGCGCCCUGGCGUCGCUGGGGAACCGGACGUCGUCGUCCUCGUCGGCUGGCGCCGCUGCCCCUGCGGGGCACAAGAUGGGGCCGGUUCUGGGCGGGGCGAUGCCGGGACAGGUAGGGGUGGCGGCGGGCGGGCAGCGCACGGGGGUGCUGGGGAAGGCGUUUGCUGAGUAUAGCAAGGCGUUGAGGGCUACGCAGGCGGCGUUGGUGGAUCCGGAGAGGUGGAAGGGGGAUGGCGUGCUUGCGGCGGUUUUGUUGUUGGGGAUGUUUGAGAAUAUUACGGCUAAACAGUUGGGUAACAUGGCCUGGGGAUCGCAUGUUGAGGGCGCCCUACAACUUGUCAAGGCCCGCGGGCGGAGCCAGCUGAAGACCAAGAUCGGGGUGCAGUUGUUUAUUGCUGUGAGGACGCAGCUUGUUAUCCACACCCUCUCUACCGGCACCCCUCCACCCAUGGGAACCGACUGGUGGUUGCAGGACGCCGUCUACGACUCAACCGCCUCCGAAUGCCAGCGGCUCAGCCUCCGGACCGGCGAGCUGCGCGCUGAUAUAACCCGCCUUAUGACCGGCGUCACUCGCACUCCGCAGAAUAUCGAGCUUGUUGGCGACUUGAUGCGCCGUGCGCAGCGUUUGGAUGAGCAGGUUGCGGCGUGGAUGGACUCGGUGCCAGACACAUGGCAGUUUAGGACGCUAUGCUGGCAGCUCCAGAGCCUAGCCGUCCCCGGCGGCAAUGACUACUACAGGGCGGAAGUGUUCCCGGGCCGGGUGGACGCAUACAGCGACUUCUGGGUGGCGGGCGUGUGGAACCAGGCACGGACGACAAGGCUUGUCCUUAUGUCUAUCAUAGUCCGCUGUGCCGCGUGGGUGUGCUCGCCCGUAGACUAUCGGACGACACCCGAGUACGCCACUGCGGCAAGAGUAUGUGUGGACACCAUCUCGGACAUCCUGGCCUCGGUGCCGUACUACCUAGGGUGGCACACCAAGAGGAAGGACUUGUUGCCAGAGGACGGAUCGGCGAGCUUUGCCUACGGCGACAACUUUGGGAUAAAGGGGCUUGCUGGGUAUUUCCUGACCUGGCCCCUAGCCUGUAUGCUAACGCAAGAUUACACGACCGAUGCCCAACGAGCAUACAUCAGGGGCAGGCUCAAGCACAUUGGCGACGAGCUGGGGAUCAAAUACGCGCAUAUCUUGUCCCUGCUCAAUGUCCGCGUCCCCUCACUGCUCAUCCGCUCUGAUGGCCUCCUUGCCAGACCCUACCCUAUGGCACACGACUUUGAGAAGCUGAUCUCGUCGGGCCGCCAGGCCUAUCCGCUCCCGAAGGGGUAUGCGGCCGGCCAAGAGCCACCGCAAUCCCGCCAGAGCCAGGGCGGACCGGCAAGUACGUCCGGGUCCAGAACGCGGCCGGCCAUGGAGAAACAGGCUGCUGUGUAA